CUGGAGCAGGAUUCGACUGGGACCGUGAUCUGGGCCUGGGCCUGGGCCUGAUCCGGAUGCGGAUCUAGCGAGCCCCCGGGGAGGGCCAGGCGAGUGCGGGAAGUGACGUCCCGGGAGGCGAGGGAUGGGCGAGCGGGAGGCUGAGCGCACGGCCUGUGGCGAGGCCGCACCGGGCCCGGUUUCGGGCCCCGCCGCCGAGACUGGAGGCGGCAUGGCCGAGCGGGAGCUCCGGAGCGCGGCCGGGGAGGAGGCGACGGCCGAGCCGGAGGGGGUGCGACGCGCCUCCGGGGACUCGGACGGCGGCGGGAGGAGAAGCGAUGGCUUCACCUUCUACAGAGACCGGAAGGAAUGGGCUGAUAUUAAGCCUGUCCCACAGGAUGAUGGGCCUCAUCCAGUUGUCCAGAUAGCUUAUUCUGAGAAUUUUAAAGAUGUAUAUGACUACUUCAGGGCUGUGCUGAAGCUUGAUGAACGGAGUGAACGGGCACUCAGUCUGACAACAGAUGCAAUAGAGCUCAAUGCUGCAAAUUACACAGUAUGGCAUUUCCGCAGAGUGGUGUUACAGUCUUUGAACAAGGACCUCAACGAAGAAUUAGCUUAUAUUUCAGAAAUUAUUGAGGAUCAACCAAAGAAUUAUCAAGUUUGGUAUCACAGACAAAAGAUUGUAGAAUGGCUAAAAGACCCCUCACAAGAACUAGGAUUUAUUUCUGGGAUCCUUGAACAAGAUGCAAAAAACUACCAUGCCUGGCAACACAGACAGUGGGUGAUUAAGGAGUUUGGCCUCUGGGACAAUGAGCUAGAGUAUGUGGACCAGCUGCUGGAAGAGGAUGUGCGAAACAACUCAGCGUGGAACCAGCGAUAUUUUGUCAUCGCAAACACCACCGGCUUUGAUGACCCGGCAGUGCUUAGUCGUGAAGUCGAGUAUACUCUGAAGUUGAUCAAAAGGGCUCCUCAUAAUGAAAGUGCAUGGAAUUAUUUGAAGGGAAUUCUCCAGGAUCAGAGUCUCUCCAAGUAUCCCAACCUUUUUGAGCAGAUUUUGCAGUUGAUGGAGAAACCUAGUUCCCCCUACUUGCUCGCUUUCCUGAUUGACAUGUAUGAAGACCUCCUGGAGAACAACUGUGAGGAGAAGGAAGAAACCUUAAACAGAGCACUGGAGCUAUGUGAGCAACUGGCUAUGAAACAAGAUACAAUACGACAGGAAUAUUGGAGGUACUUUUCAAGAUGCUUGAAAGCCAAGUAUGGUGUGAAUCUAACCGAAUCUGCGCCUGUGGGAAGUGAAGACUCUUUCCAGGAAUGCUGUAAUAACUAAAGGCUGUAUGACAUUUCUUAGUAUGCAGGGCAAAAUAUAGUGGUCAAUAAUUUUCUGUUAACGUCUCAACAGCUCACUUAUUUAAGUAAAUUUAUAAAGCCAUAACUUUGUAUGUGUAUAUAUUAUUUGAAGCUAAGCUAGAAAUAAAUCCAAAUGUCCCUUGGAUGCAUAUGUUCAAAAAUAUGAUUCAAAUGAAUGCAUUGAAACUAAGUCAGUUUUAUUCACAUGGGUACAGAAUGGGGAGGUAGGGGUAGACAUUGGAGUUAAUUUAAAAUAUUACUUUGUUUUUUUAGUUGCCAUAAUUGCAGAUAUAGUAUCAAAGCUGCAGUGCUAUUGUUGUUACCUGUUGGAAAUAAAAACUUCAGUGAAAGUGUUAAA